AAAUGUAUUCUUAUGAAAUACAUAGUUUUUAAUAAUUUUCAUGUAGUUUUUAUUGUAUCUGUACAUGUAAUAGAACCUAAUCGCCUCUCGGAUGGUGGAAUCUUUAAAGCAUACAGCUGCAGCAGCGAUUGCCAAGCUUAUUCAUAAUGGCCACUUCAAUUCAAAAAGCUAUGCGUUCGAUCAGGAAUCUAGCAACGAGGUUUAUGCACAACUCUUGAGGCUCGACCCCCAGUGGUCUUAUAACAUCGAUCUAAAGCUCAAAGGUCUCAGCUUCAUCCUGACAAAAGUUAACUUUGAAAACGUGGAAAUGGGCCCGCAGACGUUUGGUCUCCUCACUCAGCAUAACCUGAAAUCCUUGGUUCUUGGCAAUCAAGAUGAGAUACCCAGUCUAGAGCAUUAUAUGAGUCGUCUAUUCCGGACAUCGCAAAUUGAUCAUUUGGAUUUGAGUGGACGAUCGCAAUUCUCAACCGCUUGGCUGAAAACGACCGGCCAACAACUCCCAUUGCUCAGAACCCUUAACGUUUCCGGCGUGAAACUUCUUAAUCCCGACUUCUUUCAGUUUUGCAAAAGUUUUCCGAACCUUUAUAGUCUAGAUAUUUCCAAUUGUGGAGUCACAAUUCUCACAGGGAUCUCCCGUUUGAAAAACCUCCGGCAUCUCUCACUUCGAAGCUUGAUCUAUGAAAGUUGGUAUGAUAUUCGGGAGCUCUUCGCUUUGAAGCUUCUGAAUGUCUUGGAUUUAUCGAUGCACAGUACCCAUCACGCGAGAAGAAACAUGCAACGCUUCUUGGACUGCAAGCAGGUACUUCCGGAGCUCAGAUUCUUGGAGUGCUCUGGAAAUCUGAUGGAUGAGGAUAUGCUCGAAGAGCUGCUGAUCACACACUCACACCUUCAUCAGCUGGCUAUUGUUGACUGCGAUGUAAAGGCGCCUAAAUCGUCUCCAAUUCGAAUUUUGAGCUGCACAACGUUUGAUUCAUCCAUCACUGCACUAAAGUAUUACUUGAAUCUCAAGCGACGGAACGAAGUACAAAUUUGCUUUCAAGAAUUGCGACUCCACGUGAAAAGGCUGCAUGAGAGGAAAAUGCAGUAUGACGUGACAGAAUGUGUCACUCUUUCGCUUCAAUCGCUUGAGAAGCUCCCAUGUUCUUUGAUCAUGAAUUUUGACAUUGUAGAAGAAAGAUUAUUCACAUCGCGACUUUCAUUUGAAGCCGAUUUCCUAGCGGAAAUAGUGCUCCACAAUUUUCAUCGAUUAAGUCGUGUUCAUACUCGAUUGAUCUGUGACAUACUUCUAAAUAACGUCAACCGUCAGCUGAUCAGAGACCUUCGCGCAGAAACAAUGUGGAACGCUAUCAUUUAUCUAUUCAAUAUGGGAGUUUUCGUCGACAAACAGAAGCUCAAAGGGAUCGCGUCACAUUGUGCGGCUUCUCUUCACAACGGCGAUCCAAUCAUUGAGGAGCAAGCAAUGCGGAUCUUGACGAGCUGUGUGACCGGCAAAACUCUGGAAUUGGUGCUCUCCAUCACUGAAUCCAAACACGACACCACACCGAUUUGUCUUGGCUUCCUGAGAGCCGCGCUUCACAAAGAAGAUGAGCAGUCGAGUAGACGUGUUGCCGAGAAAAUCCUUGCAGCAACCCACAAUAAUGAAGAGGAAUGCAAACGAUAUAUCAAGCAUGGUGCAAUGAACAUGCUGAUCUCGGCAAUUGAUCGGUUUGACUCAGAGCCAAUGCAUAUUGUGAUAUUGGGGAUUAUUCGGAAUUUGGUGAUGAUGUCGCCAUACGAUAAAGUGCAGCAAAUUUUCACAUGUGUGCAGUUUCGAACUUUUCAAAUCCUCCUGAGGAACUGGACCUCCUCCGACAGAGCAUACCUCAUGCUCUCAAUUUUCGCACUCCGCCUGAACCACCAGGAUAAAAACUUCGAAUGCGUCUUCAGAAAGUGUGCUGAUGAACUUCUCAGGAAACACUUUCCCUACCUCCUGGCCACCGAGAUAACCGUCGAUGUAGACAUCUACUUCGACAGAGGCAUUGUUCAGAACAUCCUUCGAACUUCCGAAGAAGUUGGAUUAGUGCUAUGGGCAUUGCUGACAAUAAAGAUCUACGCACAGAAAAGUCUUUGGAAUAGUCGAUCAAUCAGGGACUCGAACUUUUUUUAUCUCAUUGAGAACCCACAUAUUGCAUCUGAAGUGGUGAAUGUUGCGUCGGAAAACGUUCGGUUCCUGUUUCACUGGUAGAUCAAACGGGUCUAAUUCAACUACACUCAUAUAUAAUUGUAUAUCAUUGUUAAUAAACUACAUAUGUAAUUAUAAAAUGUUCAUUC